AUGUUACUGCAACUUCAAUUCCUACCGCUCAUCCUAAUUCCUUUACUCUCAGUCUUCUUCUUCUUCAAUUCCAAUUCCAGAGUCCCCAAAUCGUACCCUCUAGUGGGUUCAUUCUUCGCCCUCCUCGCCAAUCGAGACCGCCUACUCCCAUGGCUAACAGGUAUCAUCCAAGACUUACCCUCCAACACCUUCGUUCUCCGCCAAUCCUUCGCCACCGGCCACGUCACCUCCGGCAACGCCGCCGUGGUCCAACUCAUCCUCAUGACCAACUUCAAUAACUACGGAAAAGGCGAAGAUUCCCGUCGAACUGUCUACGACCUUCUUGGCGAAGGCAUCUUCAACGUCGACGGUGAGUCCUGGAAGUUCCAAAGACAAAUCGCCAUGCAAGAAUUCAACACCAAAUCCCUCCGAAAGUUCGUUGAAACCGUUGUCCACACCGAGGUCUCUCAACGCCUCAUCCCCACCCUCACCUCAGCUGCCGAACAUGGAACUGUCCUAGAUUUCCAAGACAUUCUUCAAAGGUUUACUUUUGAUAAUAUCUGUAAUAUCGCUUUCGGGUUCGACCCGGCCUACUUGUUGCCCUCUCUUCCACAGACCAAGCUCUACUUAGCCUUUGAAAACGGUAUUAAGUGUAGUAGCGAGAGGGGGAAUACGUUAUUCCCAGGCGUUUGGAAAAUCAAGAAGUUGUUGAAUAUUGGGUCUGAAAAGCGUCUCAAAAUCGCAAUCUCAGAAAUGCGAGGGUUCGCCAUGACCAUAAUAAAAGAAAAAAAGCAGGAGCUGAGAGAGAAAGAGAGCCUCGAUUCCGUGGACCUGUUGUCAAGGUUAUUGAACUCCGGUCAUUUAGACGAGAACUUCGUGAUCGAUUUUGUGAUCAGCUUUAUACUUGCUGGGCGUGACACUUCGUCGGCGGCUUUAACAUGGUUUUUUUGGGUUCUAUCGAAAAACCCAAAAAUAGAAUCCGAGAUUCUUAAGGAAAUCGAAGAAAAAUCGGAAGGGCCUGUUUAUGAUGAGGUGAAAGAUAUGGUGUACACACACGCUUCUCUAUGUGAAAGCAUGCGGCUGUACCCGCCAGUCGCGUUGGACGCGAAGGAGGCAGUGAACGACGACUUAUUGCCGGACGGGACAGUGGUAAAGAAGGGGAUGAAAGUAUCGUACUUUCCAUAUGCUAUGGGGAGGUUGGAGAAGCUGUGGGGAUCGGACUGGGCAGAGUUCAAGCCCGAGAGGUGGCUGCAGAAGGAGGAAGAGAAUUCGAAAUCAUCAUGGAGGUUCGUGGGGAGAGACUCGUACACUUACCCAGUGUUCCAGGCAGGUCCUAGAAUUUGUUUGGGGAAGGAGAUGGCUUUCUUGCAGAUGAAGAGUGUGGUAGCUGGGGUUUUAAGGAGGUUUAAAGUAGUGCCAGCUUUUGAGCAAGGUGUACAGGAACCAGAGUAUGAUUCAUUUUUAUCCAAGAUGAAAGGUGGGUUUCCGGUGAAAAUUGAGGAGAGGGAGAGGCAUCAUCUUCAUUAUGAGAAUUGA